UUGUCGUCUGUGGUAAAAGUAAAUAAAUAGAAAAAAAAUCUUUGUUUAUUACAAAUUUAAAUUCCUUUGUUAAUUUUAGGUAAUUAAUCAAAUCUGCGAUGUGAUUUUUGUCCAUGAUUAUUGAAUUAGUGAUUUUUACUCCUACAUUUCUUUAUUCUGAGCACUGUGGUUGUCGAUAUAAGUAUCAUAGUCUGUUUUGUGAAUCAAUCUACGCGCACAAUGCACAUGCAAUCACAUCGCGAUCGAAAGUAAAUAGAUAAAUUAAUUCUCAUUUUAUUAGGUUUUUUAGAUAACAAAGAGGAAUACAACUAUUUUCUAUUUCGACGUUCAAACAAAUUACAAUAGAAACACAAUGGUAAAGAAGGUUUGGUCGAAGCAUGAAACGAAAGCUUUCAUUGCGAGAUAUAAAGAAAACCCUAUACUUUGGAACCCUAAAAUAAAGGAUUAUAGAAACCAGGCAAAGAGAAGAAAGAUAGAAAACUAUUUGUCCGCAGAAUUUAACACAACAGUUUUCGAAAUAGGUAGAAAAAUACGUAUAUUAAGAACACAGUGGUUAAAGGAGUAUAAAAAAUUCAAGUAUUUUGCGUUAAAUGGGAAAGAAUACCAAAGCAAUUGGAUAUGGUUUAAGGCUUUAAAAGCUGUAUUUGGUUUAAAUCGAGAUAUCGAGAUAUCAGAUGGUAAUUCAAUAGACGAUGAGCAAGGAGAUGAAGAAAUAUAUAUAAAUAUCACUGAAGAUUUAAUAAGUACAGAAGAAUCAAGUGUUGUAAACUUUACAAAUGAAGAGUAUAAAAGUUAUGAGAAGCAAACAAUGACAAACAAUGAUGAAUAUCAAAAAUUUGGUGAUUAUGUAGCUUAUCAAUUACGUUCCAUGCAUUAUAGGAAUAAUAUCAAGGAAUUAAAGAGCACCAUUGAACAAAGUAUAACCAAAUGGCAGAAGAAAGAUAACAAAGAAUAUUAUUCCACAUGAAAAUCUUCAUUAAAAAAAGCAACUAAAUCAAAUUAAGACAAUGGUUAUGCACAUUUGUCCUAUCUCUAGUAUAAAACAGCGUUGUUUUGAAACCUUUCUUCAAAGUACUAUACGAAAUUAAGCUAGUUUAUGAAUCUAUGAAGGAUUUUCCAACCAAAGGUGUGAACGGAUCAAACAUCACGAUAAGAAAAACAUGGCCCGAGCGGUUGACCACUACUCCCCACCUAACUCACUGAAUAUUUAGUACUAUCUCGGCUCAUGACAACACGACCUAUCGAAUGACUCACUCGCGCCAACAUACUGGCCCUCGUCACAGUAGAUAUUAUUAUAUGUGAUCGUGAUAUUGACUCUUACGUGGUCGUGUUAUGUCGACUCGGGCUACUGUUCCUCCGUUUCAUCAAGUGAUACGUGUUACCUAUUUACUUUUUUAUAGUGAUAAAUUAGGUUAAGAUGAAAAAUGACUUCUUUUUAUAUACGAUAAACGAUAAUAAUUAUU